GAUUAAUCGGAGCAAGAUUUUUUUCUUCACCUUACCUCGUAAAUACAGUCGACGUUGUUCGUUCUGAUAUCGCGUCGAGAGGAGAAGCAGUGUGUGAAAAGUAGUAUCGAGAUCGACGAUAGACGAAAAGACACGUUAGCGGAGAGGUAUUCUUUUUCCGCCUUUCGACGAAAACACACGUCAAGGAUGACCAGUUGGAAAGCGGCUGAGCUGCAAUCGUGACGACACAACACGCGACACGUGCACCACGUUCGAACGUACAAACCUGCGUAUAAAGUUAACGAGGAGGAAACGAGUCUCUUCUCUCUCUGUCUCUCUCGCCCGCGCUCUCUGUCUAUCUGUCUCUGUCGGUCUCGUCGAGUGAGGCCUCUCACGGUGCACGCUCGCCGUCGUAAAUGACACUUGUGAAAUCAACGCACACAUUUUCACCGCUUCGAGCGAGGAACUGUAGAAAAGAGGGUCGUUGACAGCGACGCGCGCGAUAAAUAUACCGGUGGAAGGUUCGCGUUUGCUGUUCACCGAGUGUUUCGUCGCGGGGGAAAAAAAAAGGGUAGUUCCGUAGAAUAUCACGGAGGUAGGUUGCGAAGACGAUUCAAAUUUCCCGCGUUUUUCACGUGUCCGAUUUUUCGUCGAAUUCGAGUUUCUUUUUUGGAAAUAAUCGCGUGUCGGUCGGAGUUUCUUUUCUCGAAGAGAACCGCGAACUGUGUGGAAGUGGUGGUCGAAAAGGAUUUUGGGAAGAGAAGAGAUAUGAGGUCGACCAGUCGACAGACGAUCUAAGAAUAUCGCGGGUGGAUCGUUGAACCGGGUUUCCUUUCUUUCCACGUGUCCACGAGCGCACAGGGAAAUAAAUCAGCGACUUUCUCCCGUACAUCGUCGACAACAGUAGCCCGUGAAGCAUGUCGGGGGACACGACGUCCGACGAGGAAGGAUCGCAGGAGGACUCCCCGCGUUACGACGUCGACGAUCUCGAGAUCAUCAAGACCAUAGGCACAGGUACCUUCGGCAGAGUAGUACUAUGCAGGCAUCAAGGCACACCGUUAGCCUUAAAGAUUCUCUCCAUGGUGGACGUGAUCAGACUGAAGCAAGUGGAACACGUACGAAACGAGAUCACCGUGCUUAAAGAGGUCAAGCAUCCCUUUAUCGUGAACAUGCUCUGGAGCGGAAGGGACGAGGCAAGGGUGUACAUGUUACUGGAGUUCGUUGCCGGUGGCGAGCUUUUCUCAUAUUUAAGAGCAGCUGGCCGAUUUUCCGGGCCCACCAGCUGCUUCUACGCGGCGGAGAUCGUCUGUGCCUUGGAAUACCUGCACAGCAAACACAUUGUGUACAGGGACCUGAAGCCUGAGAACCUCCUGUUGGACAGCCAGGGCCACCUGAAGAUUACAGACUUUGGCUUCUCCAAGAAACUCACGGACAGAACGUGGACUUUGUGUGGUACGCCUGAAUAUUUGGCACCAGAAAUAAUUCAAAGCAAAGGGCACAACAAGGCGGUGGACUGGUGGGCGCUCGGUGUUCUAAUCUACGAAAUGUUGGCCGGCUUUCCGCCGUUCUUCGACGAUAAUCCUUUUGGCAUCUACGAGAAAAUACUGAGCGGCAGGAUAGAGUGGCCAAAACACAUGGACCCGAUCGCCAAGGAUCUGAUCAAGAAGCUUCUCAUUGCCGACAGAACGAAGAGGCUGGGAAAUAUGAGACAAGGAGCUGACGACGUUAAGAGGCAUCGUUGGUUCAAAUUAGUCGAGUGGCCAUUGGUGCCGCAGAGAGCUUUAACACCCCCAAUAAGACCGCGAGUAAAAGCGCCAGGUGAUCCAAGCUGCUUCGACGAUUAUCCUGAAACCGACUGGCGUUCCCAGCCUCCGUUGCCGCCGGAACAACUGGCUCUGUUUCAAGAUUUCUGAAAGAAACGCCAUGAACAUUGAUUCGCACGUUCGAACCGUGCCAAACCCCCGCGCGCAUUGACGUAAAUUACUACGAAGAGCUUCCGUGUCAAGAUUUAGGAUUGACGAUCGUCGGUCAGACCUAACAACCAUUGUGAUGUGUAUAGAAUCGAGCGAGCUUUUUAUCACGUUCAACCAACGGGAAGUUGUGCUGAACUUUUUGUACAUAG